ACCAAUCAUACGCUUUGUCAACAGAACAUUUUUGUCUGCGCGGAUUGUGCCGAUAUCGCAGCUAGUAGUUAUGUUUUCUUUCCUUUUCCUGAUCUUUUAAAUUAUAUUUUCUUUAAACUACUUUUAUUUUAAUAUUCUAACUCUCUUAAAUUCGCAAUCAUGGUUAUUAAACUGCUUUCUUUGCUAUUGUGUUUUUAUUAUAUCUCCCUAACAGCUGCUGUUGAGUCACUAAAUCUAACAUUUGUACAAAUACUAUAUCGUCAUGGGGAUAGAGCUCCAAUUGAAUUGUAUCCCAAUGAUCCAAAUCCAUCUUCAGCUUUUCCUCUUGGUCUUGGGGCUCUCACUCUGCUUGGCAGGAAGCAACACUUUGGAUUAGGGAAAUUCUUUCGCACAAUUUAUAAAGAUUUCAAGACUUCCAACCCUUUAGAAAUAAAUGUUGUUAGUUCGGAUUGUGAUCGUUGCCUUGAUAGUGCAGAGACAAAUCUUGCUUCCUUUUAUGCACCUGAAGGUAAAUGGAUGUUUGAUGAUGAUGUAUCUUGGCAACCUUUUCCUGUUCGCUACAUUCCAAAGAAAGAAGAUAGGUAUUUAGAAACUGACAGUUACUGUCCUAAAGCUGAUGAAGAGAAAAAAAAUCUUGUCAACACUCCUGAAGGUCGAGCAUUCAUAGAGAAACACCAGGUAAUGUUUGAUAAUUUGACUAUAAAUAGUGGAAAUGACAUUACAGAAUGGACUUCAGCUUCUUACCUUUUUGAUGUUCUGUGGAUUGAGAGGAGGUAUAACCUCACUGUUCCAAGCUGGGCUGACCCCUGGUGGAAUGAACUGGAACAAGUGGCAGAUCUGUCAUUCAAAUGGAAAUUUAAUUCUCCUGAACUUCAUCGUUUGCGAGCUGGACCUUUACUUCAAAGAAUAAUCCAAAAGAUGCAAGAGAAAAUUAAUGGUGAUAUUCCUGAUUUGAAAUUUCAAGUAUAUUCAGCUCACGACACAAAUGUAGCAGUCGUCUUAAAUUCCUUAAACCUCUUUAACAACAAAAUGCCACCCUAUUGUGCCACAAUUCUGUUUGAAUUGUAUAGUGGAAAAGAUGAUACUCAUUUUCUCCGCUUACUAUACUUAAACUCGACAGCGCCUGAAAAAGCUGCUCAAACUCCCCAUAUACUGAUUAUCGAUGGCUGCACAGAGUUCUGUCCUUUGGAUUAUUUUAUUAAUUAUACCCAACAUUUAAUACCUGAUGAUUGGGAAAAAGAAUGCCAAAUUCCAAAAUCACUGACAGAAGUAAUUAUUGAUCAAGAACUGAUGAUAGAGGUAUUUUUCCUGGUUGUAGCCUUGAUUAUCGCAGGAACAGCCGUUUUUUGUACAUGGAAGUUGUGUACUAGCAGAAGAAGAGAUAAAUAUUCUUAUCAGUUAGUGCAAGAGAAUUACAGCUGAAUGGUGGCAUUUUUAUAAUCUGCAUUUAUUUUUGAAAUUUUGCUCAAUUUGUUUUUUCUUUUAUGUAUUGUCAAAUGCACACAACAGAAUUCAGUAUUACUUGUCUUCUUAUUAAAUGAAUCUCAAAGAAAUAUUUUUCGUCCCCAAACUCAAUUUUUAUUAUGUGUUUGCAUUUCUAACGUGUAAUAAAAAGCAAUUCUGUGCUUUUUAACCUUUUUAAAUAACUCAUUGAACUUAAGUAAUGCUCUCUGUUUAUUAAUUUAAAAAGUUGGGAACAGGGGAACUCUAAUUAUCUUGGUUAAUUUCAUGGAUCAGAUUUAAUUUUGUUUAUCAAAGUUGUUCUAUAUAAAAUUUAAUCUAUGCUCUCUAUUUACAAAGAAAGUUAUCUACGAUGAAACAUCAGUUAUCCUUAUUAAUUGGUAUCAGAACUUAAUUUGCUUAAUGUUUAAAUAGAUGGAGAAAAAAGUUUAUAAUAUAGACACCAAAACUAUUUAACAUAUUAAUGUAAUGACAACAAAAAGAAUGUUUACAGUUCUAUGCUUUUUCAAACAUAGGGUAGAUAACUUGUCAUUACUAACCUUAAUCAUCUCUGGGAUGUAAAGAAAUAAUUUUGUAUAAAUUCAUCAAACAAAUUUCAAAAUUAUCUAUUAUAGUUGGCAUUUUUUUUUUAUAAAUUAAAGUUCAGGUAUUUGGAGUUUAAAUGCAUUUUAUUUAAUAAUAACAAAAACUGUAAUUACAGUUAUCCUUUUCAACUGUUACAUAUUUUUAAAUAUAAUUCUGUAGUUUGUUACUUGAUUUAUUUGCUCCUCUACUGAUAACUUAAUUAAAGAUGCAAAGUGAAAUAUUCAAAUUAUUGCAUCCAUAUACAUACAUUUGUUAUUAUUUAAUUGUACUUUAAUAUGACAGGUACCUUUUGGUUUGUUAGCCUAGUUAUUUUUAAUAGAAAUUUUUUUUUU